CGCCCUGGUGACAAUGAUGCUACUCGUGGAUUCGGUCCAUUGUUGCCUGGGAACCUUAAAGUUGAUUUUGGUGACGCUGAUUCACUUGAGAACAUCUUUAAAGAAAAGGGAGAUAAAAUAGCUGGAUUUAUUUUCGAGCCUAUUCAAGGCGAAGCUGGAGUUGUAAUUCCUCCUGAUGGUUAUUUGAAAACUGUUAGCGAACUCUGUACAAAACAAAACGUUCUGAUGAUAGCUGAUGAAGUACAAAGCGGUCUAGCGAGAUCCGGGAAGAUGUUAGCUUGUGAUCGGGAAGAAGUUCGUCCUGACAUGAUGAUACUUGGGAAAGCAUUAGGUGGAGGUCCAGUAAGUGCAGUGCAUGCUGAUAAAGAUGUGAUGCUUCAUAUCAAACCUGGCCAACACGGACGCAAAUUUGGUGGGAACCCUUUAGCUAGUGCUGUGGCUAUGGUUUCUUUAGAUGUUAUCGAGCAAGAGAAACUCGUCGAAAGAUCAGCAAGUUUUGGAGAAGAACUGAGGAUUCAACUGAAUGAAAUCAAGAAACAGUUUUCUAGUUACAUCAAAGAAGUACGAGGAAGAGGAUUGUUCAAUGCGGUUGAGUUCAACAGCGAAAGCUUAUCUCCAGUUUCAGCUUAUGAUAUUUGCUUGAGCCUGAAGAGAGGAGUUUUGGCUAAACCGACUCACAACACCAUUGUCCGGUUAACUCCACCACUUAAAAAAAAGCAGCUCAACCGGUCUGGUUUCUUAAGCGGUUUACCACUGGUCAUCGAUAUUUGAUUAUUUUCUAUUCCUUUUGCCAGCUCUAAUGAACUACGAGAAGGCUUUAAGGCUCUUCAUGAUGUGCUUGAGAUUGAUCUUCCAAAUCUGCAGAAAACCAAUUCCGGCAAAACUCCGGUUUCUCAUUUAACCGAGUGUGAUCGCUGCGGGAGAAACCUCUAUGCUUGAACCAGACCGGAACUUGAGGAGGAUCUGGUUUAAAUUUGGUUUUUGUUGUGAUUCCACAGGGGACAACACUGGUUCCGUUUAGAAAGUAUAUACUGCGUAUUAGGCCGAACCGAAUUGCAACGAGCUCGAUAGAAAUAACUCUGGUUUAUUUCCGGUUUUGGCAUUGAAUAAA